AUGAGUUCUGAAGACAGUUCUACAGUGUCUACAUCAUCGCUUUUGGAAGAUCAGCAGAGUUUCUCUGAUACUAGCAAAGGCGUAAAUGUUAAUGGUAAUUCAGUUUCCACUAAUAAAAAUGAACGCAAAGCCCUUCGUGAACAAGAGCGUUUGCAUCGAAUACAAGGUAGGUUAACCGACAUGAGUUUAAAUGAUAUAGCUAUUCUCAGAUGUGGAAAGUAUGACUUUUUUGUUGAAAAUACUGUAGUGUGUAUUCGAGGAUCUCACUCUCAGUUUAAUGCAGGUAGAGGAAGAACAAAAGGUCUAAUGCCACCGAGAACGCAUGACUGUUGUCAAACCUUUUCAACUGUUGCUGCAAUCAUUCUUUCCUCUUUAGGUUUCGCAGUAACAAUGCAAGAGUGCAAUGCCAUGUCUACUGUUAAUUACUUAUUGUAUAUUUCCGCUUGGUUACAUCAGCUUUCAGCUCCAGGUUGGCCACAGAAGAAAUCACGGCCUACUGUUGGAGAUUUAAAUACCUGUUUACGACUUCGAGAUUUUUUUCCUAGUAAAAUCAAUGAAGGUGAGUUUGAAGUUUUAUUUUAUAAUCAGCAAGAAAGAGCCAAAGAUCUGGUAAAUCAACUGUGUUAUUUCCUUAAACGUAGUAGAGAUGCUGAUGGGGUACGUCCUGUAUGUGGAUACGUGAUCGCCUCUGGGGACUAUACAGUAUCUAUCUUUUCACUUGCACAUGAUGUACUGAAUCAACCGGAUGCCCGAUAUACAGAGGCGUGGACGCUUUAUAUAUGCGAUUCACACGGAACACAACCGUGGUCUGGUGGAAAAGCCUGUUUAACAGGAGUAACGCUCGGUGUACCAAAGAAGGGUGCAACGGGUAUUAAUGGAGUUUUGGAUAAAGAGGAAGGACUGCGUUAUUUUGCCAUGAUACUAUUUGCUCUUCUUGAGGAUCAUCGACAAAAAUCCAGGACACCUCAGCAAGUUCCAUACAUGACAUGGUCACCUAUUCGACGUAAGAGAUUUACUGUAAACACAGCCCAAGAACUGAGAAAAAUAAUAGAUGAUCAAUGGAUUCCAUCUCUGAUGAAAAAUCAUGUGAUUGCAGGAGAAGCAAAAAAAUUUGGAUUUUCACCGUUGAAAUGUUUUAUGGGUUGUUCCUCAACUAGUGGUACAUCUUCCAAUCUAACUAAUGGAGCGCGUCAAUCAGUCGUCUCCCGCGACUAA